CUCCUCCUCCUCCCGGCCGUGACAUCGCUGCCGCCGCCGCCGCCGCCCCGCCCUGCCCCCGGCUGCGGGACACGCCGAGCGACACGCACCCGGCACCGAGCGGGUCCUUGGUGGGGACGUGUCCCCGGCCCCCGCGCACCCAGGCUUUCAUUCCCCUGAGCAUUUGACACUGUGUACCAAAGAAAUGGUGAUGGAGAAGCCAAGUCCCCUGCUUGUAGGGCGGGAGUUUGUGAGACAGUACUAUACUCUGCUAAAUAAAGCUCCUGACUUCUUGCACAGGUUUUAUGGCAGGAAUUCUUCUUAUGUCCAUGGAGGACUGGAUGCCAGUGGGAAACCACAGGAAGCAGUGUAUGGUCAAGCUGAGAUACACAAGAAGGUGAUGUCCCUACAGUUCAGUGAAUGUCACACCAAGAUUCGUCAUGUGGAUGCUCAUGCUACUCUGAGUGAUGGGGUGGUUGUGCAAGUCAUGGGAGAGCUGUCCAACAAUGGGCAGCCAAUGAGGAAGUUCAUGCAGACUUUUGUGCUUGCUCCAGAGGGUUCAGUUCCAAACAAGUUUUAUGUCCAUAAUGAUAUCUUCAGAUAUGAGGAUGAAGUAUUUGGAGAUUCAGAAGGAGAACUUGAUGAAGAGUCUGAAGAAGAGGUGGAAGAGGAGCAGGAGGAAAGACAACCAUCACCUGAACCUGUGCAAGAGAACACAAGCAGUACUUACUAUGAAAACCACCCUGUAACCAAUGGGAUAGAGGAGGCACUAGAAGAAUCAUCUCAUGAACCUGAGCCAGAAUUGGAAUCUGAAACGAAAACUGAGGAGCUGAAAGCUGAAGUAGAGGAAAAGACCCUUGAGGAGCUAGAAGAGAAGUCUCCAUCUCCACCUCCUGUAGAGCCUGUUUCGCUACCACAAGAACCACCAAAGGCUUUCUCUUGGGCUUCAGUGACCAGUAAAAACCUGCCUCCUAGUGGUACUGUUUCUUCCUCUGGAAUUCCACCCCAUGUUAAAGCACCAGUCUCACAGCCAAGAGUUGAAACUAAACCUGAAGCUCAGUCUCAACCUCCUCGUGUACGUGAGCAGCGUCCCAGGGAAAGACCAGGUUUUCCACCUCGAGGACCUCGACCAGGGAGAGGGGACAUGGAACAGAAUGAGUCGGAUAAUCGUCGAAUAAUUCGCUACCCGGACAGCCACCAGCUCUUUGUUGGGAACUUGCCCCAUGAUAUCGACGAGAGUGAGCUGAAAGAGUUCUUCAUGAGCUUUGGAAACGUGGUGGAGCUUCGCAUAAAUACUAAAGGAGUGGGAGGAAAACUGCCUAAUUUUGGUUUUGUGGUAUUUGAUGAUUCUGAGCCAGUCCAGCGAAUUUUAGUUGCAAAACCCAUUAUGUUCCGGGGUGAGGUGCGCUUGAACGUAGAAGAGAAAAAAACAAGAGCCGCUCGUGAGAGGGAGACCCGCGGCGGAGGCGACGAUCGUAGGGAUAUUCGUCGCAAUGAUAGAGGCCCUGGGGGUCCCCGUGGAAUAGUGGGUGGUGGCAUGAUGCGAGACCGUGAUGGAAGAGGACCCCCUCCCAGAGGUGGCAUGGCACAGAAACUUGGCUCUGGACGAGGAACCGGGCAAAUGGAAGGUCGUUUCACUGGACAGCGUCGCUGAGAAUCUCCACUGUGGGCAGACGAGUCUUGGCAGUGGUACAUUAUCCAUCGUGUUUGCAUUCUUGUUCAUUUAUUUUUUAUUAUUUUUUUUUGGCUUUGGAAUGUGACACAGCCCUUCUGAUAAUUUCUUUGAUGUGAAAGCAUCCUUUGGUUUCCAGUUUAAAUUGAGGUGGACGUUCUUUCCCCAGUUUCACGACAGGAGUUACACUGUUAAUUUAUAAAUGUAGACUUGGAGAAUUGAGGACUGAAAAAAAAAAAAGAGAGAAAAAAAACCAAACAAACACCACUGGUUAAACUAUCUGCAACAAACAUGGACUAAAGGACGUGCCCAAUAGAAUUCAAGUCCUUUCAGUCAAAAACCCUCUGCUGCACAUUUUGUUUAAGUGUUACAGUUUCUGCCUAUUACUGCUGGAAACACAAGUAGUGCAAUUUGUGCAAUUGGAGAAGCUUGCCUUUUUUUUUUUUUUCUUUCUCCUUCUUAGAACACUUGGCUCCAAACAAACUCGUGUUUACGCACUCAUCAAAAUGCACUAAUGGGUACUCUGAACUCAUUUGUAUUGACAUCUGCAGGAGGCAUCGGAGGAAAAAAACCCUUCAUCCUCUUACUCAGACAGAAUAGCUUGUGAAACGAUGCGGGCAUCUGAUCUGCUUGCUGUGACCAACAUAUGUGCACACACAAACCUUAAUAAGACUACACGUUUAUUCCAGAAGGAAUCCAUUUAGCUGUAAACUAAACCCAGAGCUCCAAAGUCGUAGCCCUGACCACACAACAAGUUUGAUAGCUCACGUCAGAUUUUUUCUAUCUGCCCCUCUCCAGUACAGGGAUGGCUGCUCAACACACUCCUCCUUCUCCCUCCCCCUUCGGUCAGCAUUGUACAGUGAAAUUUGUCUUAACUGUAUUUUGAGUUCUCUGGUAAUGUAAUAAGCAUGAUGGUGCCUUCUAUGAAUACAUCAUUCCAGUCUUGCUGGUGAUUUUGUACAGUAUAGUGUAUGAAUUACUGUGCUGCAAAGCCGAUCGGCUGCAAAGCAUUUAAAGGAAAUAAGUGAAGAAUUGUAUUAAAAAAAAAAAAAAUUGCAGUAUCUUUUCAAUCAGUAAACGUUGCUCAAAUGAUCAUCCACCUUGCUCUUCAAUUAACAAGUCUGCCUGUUUUUUUUGCAGAGGGGGGGAAGGGAGGAAGAAGGCAUCCAAGUAGUCUCCAGGUUGUCUCUUCUCUUUAUAAUUGAUGUCAAAGUAAAAGAAAACUUGAGUUGAAAUCUCUUUUGUGUGUGAAUUUCAGAAGUCAGUCAAGAAUGGUGAACACUUUUGGCCAGCUUGUAGUCAGUAGGACUAAGCAUUCUUUGUGAGGGUGAGCUUAUCAAACGAGGAUACUGCAAUUUUCAGAGAACAAAGCAGCAGCUCUUAAGUAUUUGCAUUUUCCGGUUGCGCUUUUUAAAAAACUCUUACUCAUUUUGCACAUAACUCUCAGUUGAAGAUGACACUUGUGUGGCUCCGGACUGAAGGAUAGAAAGGAGACAUCCUCUUCUUCAGUGUGACCAGUGGGUUUUCCCAGUGGAGAAGUCUGUUUCUGGGUAACGUUCCGGAGUGCAUUCCCAUUAACUGCAGCUGCAGCAGACAGAACAGCUGGGCUCCGUGCCGGGGUGUGCAGCAAGUGCCUGGCUUGGAGGUGCCAGGGGUCAAAGCGGGGGGUGUUUGUGGGUGCGUCUGUGCCUGAGUGUGACCACUCCAAGCUGCUUGUCAGCAUGGAAGACCUGAAACCCAACAAUGGCAGUUCCAAGCAGAAGCAGAUAGGGCACCACAGCCACCUGUCUGUGGAUUGUGCAGUCAUUUGCUGGAACUGAGUAAAAGUGGUGCACAUUUUUCCAUACCUUGGGCACAGUGAAGUGGCACCUGUUUGUUUUCUCCCAGACUCGAGGUCUUCUGUGUUGGAUGGUAAGUCUUGCACUAUUGUCAUACACUUUUUUUUUUUUUUUUCCAGGGCACAUUUCUACAAGUUUUCAUGGUUAUAUUUCAGGUUUUUUUGUCGAAGCUCUUGCGUUUUCAGCUGUUACCUGGAAAUCUGUAGUACUUGAACUGCUUGCCACACAACACUGCUACUUAGGCUUGAAGCCUUCAGACAAAUUGCUGUCAUCACUUAGCAGUUUGCCUCCAGUGUGUUUUGUGUAGGCUUUCUGUUCUUUUCCUUUUGUCGUGCUGUGGUGUUUUGCUGCCACUUAAUUCAUUUGUAUGGCAAAUGGCACUGGGAAUAAUCUCCACAACAAGAAGCAGAGUAUCAGCAAGAGUUACUGAGCCAUUCUGCUUUCUGGCUUGCUUCUUGUUCAAGUGACAUGAACAACCAUUGGAACAUCGUCCAGAGAAGUUUACAUGGUGAUAACUCACCUGCUGUACUGUGGACUCUUAACGUGUUCUCAACCCUCUCGAUAGUACAUGUACCUCUUAGAGCAAAGGAAGGGAUUCACUGACCACCACUGUUAGUUGCUGAUUUGUGGAUGGUGGGAAUAUUUUGUCAUUAUGGUUCAAUUUCAACAAACUCAGCUGCCCAUCUUGGCUUUAGGUAUACAAGACAGUGGAUUACCAUCUUUAUUGCUGUAACGUGUCAAGCAUUAUAUGCUAGUAGAUUCUAGUUUAAUUGUUGCAGGUGGAAAGUAUUUUUACUUUUAAGUUUCCAUUCUGAAUGUGUUUUGACUAAACAUACCAAUAAACUACUGAUGUCUGCAGCA